AGGAAUUAAUAUUGCAGCCCGUGUUUCCUGCGGACGGAUUUGUGUGUUACACAGUGGAACGCAAUGCGUGUCAAGCCUCCAGUCCGUCAUACAGCAGAGCUAUAUGAUUGGUCCGCAGAUCUCAGGGGGCGCGGCCUGCAGUGAGAGCGAGGCUUGACCCGCAGCCCUGGCUUACAGUGGGAUCCGGGCUGUCAUGGCCAAUGUGCGGCUGGAGUUCAAGGCGAGCGCCGGGGAUGCGGACCCCCAGGCCAGGUCCGUGCUCCUCCUGGGCCAGUUACCCAACCUGCAGCGCGUCUCCUGGAGCCAAAUCAGCGGGAAACUACAGCCCAGGCUGAGCGAGGAGAUGUGGCAAACUGCUUUAAACUCGCUAACUCCGAACCCGACAGACAACUGUCCUCUCUACCUGAAUUUAGCCACAGUUGCUGCUCUUCCUUCACGUGUCAGCCGACACAAUAGUCCCUCCGCAGCACAUUUCAUCACUCGCCUCAUCAGAAACUGCCUUCCCAGUGGAGCAAAGCGAUGUAUCGUUAUGGUGUGUGAGCGUUCAGAAGUGUUUGCCAGUGCGUGUGCUAUCGCUCGGGCCUUCCCACUAUUCAGCCGGCGCUCGAGUGCAUCACGCCGUUCGGAGAAAAAAAGUGUAACCGUGGAAUUUCUGCUGACUGGUCACAAUAACGGACCCAUGGAUGUGACCACGCUAAACUGUCUGGCGAAUGCCGCUGAGGGCGUGAGGCUUGCAGCUCGCAUUGUGGAUACGCCGUGUAAUGAGAUGAAUACUGAUGACUUCAUUGAGGAAAUUAAAGUUGUUGCAAAAGACCUGGGAAUCAUUCCAACGAUUAUACGUGGUGAAGAGUUAAAGGAGCGAGGCUUUGGAGGUAUCUAUGGGGUGGGGAAAGCUGCCGAGCACCCCCCUGCCCUGGUGAUUCUCAGCCACACACCGGUGGGAGCCACACAAACCAUUGCGUGGGUUGGUAAAGGCAUUGUGUAUGACACCGGAGGACUGAGCAUUAAGGGAAAGACCACAAUGCCUGGAAUGAAGAGAGAUUGCGGUGGAGCUGCUGCUGUACUGGGGGCUUUCAAGGUUGCAGUUAAACAGGGAUUUAAGGACAAUCUUCACGCCCUGUUCUGUUUGGCAGAGAACUCUGUUGGCCCUAGUGCAACACGGCCUGAUGAUAUUCACACGCUGUACUCCGGAAAAACGGUUGAAAUAAAUAACACCGACGCAGAAGGCAGAUUGGUGCUCGCGGAUGGAGUUUCCUAUGCUUGCAAGGACCUGGGUGCGGAAAUCGUUCUUGACAUAGCAACGCUGACUGGCGCGCAGGGUAUUGCGACUGGCAAGUACCACGCAGCCGUACUGACCAACAGCGAGGAAUGGGAGAAUGCCUGCGUGAAGGCAGGCAGGAAGUGCGGAGACUUGGUUCACCCGCUGGUCUACUGCCCUGAGCUUCACUUCAAUGAGUUCUCCUCCGCCAUGGCGGAUAUGAAGAAUUCUGUUGCGGAUCGCGAGAACGCACAGAGCUCUUGUGCUGGACUAUUCAUUGCUUCUCACAUUGGGUUUGACUGGCCAGGCGUGUGGGUCCAUGUUGAUAUUGCUUCUCCAGUUCACACUGGUGAGAGAGCCACUGGUUAUGGGGUGGCACUGCUGCUCUCCCUCUUCGGGCGUGCUUCAGAGGACCCCCUGCUUUACACCGUGUCUCCCUUGGGCGAGGAUGAAGAAGAAAACCUUCAGAGAGAUUCCAAAAGAAGACGCCUUGUGUGAUUGGCUAGCUCGUGUGCCAGUGAACCCAAUUCAUCAUGUAAUCCAAUCAGUUCUGUUUUCUCCAAAUCUUAUGUGCAAAUCGUGCUUCUUAUUCAGACCAGUGUAUAACCUCUGACCACUAAUGAUGUUUUUUUGCCAUUUUUAUAUGGUGUGAUCUUCUCAUUAUUGCUUUCUCCUAGACAGUGCAAGACUUUGUGUUUAACGUGUCCCUCCUCUUACCCUGGAGAGAGCCUGCUUCCUUGUCUGUGUCCCUUCAGAUGGCAGCUCCCCAGCCCCCCCAAUUAGUUUCUUCAACCUUUUCUAUGGCUCAAAAUGUAAUUAAAGCGGUUUGCAUUCCUUA